AAAUAUUAAGAGAGAAACAUGCAUAGGACUCGAGAUUUAUAUCAAAAAGAUUUAAAUCAAGAAACAAAUUAUGAUACAAAUUCAUCAAUAUCAGAAAUAAGGAAACGUCAAUCAAGAAAAGAUGAUGCAAUUCGACGAAAAAUUGAAAAUGAAUUAAGUAAAAAAAGACCAACAGCAGCACGUUUACAUCCAUGUAAAUUGGACUCUAAGACAGUAUUAUCAUUAAAACCGUCACCUCCACUUACAGUUCAAAUUGGUAUUACUGUUUCAGAAGCUUCUCAAUUGAUGGCAGCGAAAAGAGAAGAUUGUGUUUUAGUAGUCGAUGAUGAUCAACAUUUAAUCGGUAUUUUUACAGCAAAAGAUCUUGCAUUUCGUGUAGUCGGAAUGGAUAUGGAUCCGAGAAGCCUUCUUAUUGAGGAUAUAAUGACAGUAAAUCCUUUGUGUGCACGAAAUGAUACAUCAGCAACAGACGCACUUGAUCUUAUGGUACAUAAAGGAUUUAGACAUUUACCCGUAUGUGAUGAAAACGGGAAUGUUUCUGGAAUAUUAGAUAUAACAAAGUGUUUUCAUGAAGCUAUGAAAAAGGUGGAGCGCGCAUAUUCAAGUUCUCAGCAAUUAUAUGAUGCUUUAGAAGGAGUUCAAACAGAAUGGAGUCAAAUACAGCAACCAGAACAAAUUUUUCAAUAUAUUGAAACAUUAAAACAAAGAAUGUCCGGCCCAAAUUUAGCAAGUGCAUUAGAUGGAACUACACCUAUAACAGUAAACAUACGGACUAGUGUUAGAGAUGCAGCCUUCCUUAUGAGGGAAAACAACACAACUGCUGUCUUGGUAAUGGAUCAAAUGAAUAUUUCUGGAAUUUUUACAUCUAAAGAUAUUGUUUUACGUGUAAUUGCACCUGGACUUGAUCCUGCAAAUUGUUCUGUAGUUCGAGUCAUGACUCCUCAUCCUGAUUGUGCACCAAUGGAUAUGAGUGUCCAAGAAGCUCUUAGAAAAAUGGAUGAAGGCCAUUAUCUCAAUCUUCCUGUAUUGGAUCAAGAAUCUCAAGUCAUUGGGAUGGUUGAUGUUAUGAAAUUAACCUAUCUUAUUUUAGAACAAAUAAAAAAUAUUAGCUCAUCAGAUGGAGAAGGUCCUAUUUGGAAUAAAUUUUGGAAUACUAUAGGAGAAGGAGAUACUGAGUCAGUUUUAUCUGAUAAUCAGCUUUCUGCAUCUCAGCCUUAUCAAUCAUUUUCAUGUACACCUUUAUCUGAAAAUCAACAAAAUUUACAGAUUCUUUCACCAGAAGUUUCUCCAACAAAAUUAACACAAAAAAAUAAAUGGACAUUUCCCACUGAAACACCUGUUCUUUUAAACAAAAAUACAUUAUCAUUGAACCAAGCUCCAUUUGUUUUUAAAUUUACCUCCCCUUAUGGAAAAACACAUCGAAUACAACAUAUUCCUCAAGCAGGAUUUCUAUCACUUAGACAAAUUGUCAUUGAACGUGUAAAAUUAGAGCUUGAUAAGCUAGGUCAAAGUGAAGAUCUAGCUAUCAAUUUUAUAGAUGAUGAUGGAGAUGUAGUAGCAAUCACAACUGAUGAGGAUUUACUUCAUGCAGUCGAGCUUGCUUAUAAAAAUGGUGAGGAUAAAGUAAAUCUUAUUAUUCAGCAUCCGAGUAUAUCUAUUAAUCAAAAAUCUACCGAUUCAUUAUCAAUUGAAAAUCUAAAUCAUCAAAAUAUUCCAAAACAUAGGUCAAAUCUCUCCACUGGUUUCCUCAUUUCGGGAUCAAUUGCUCUUGGUAUUGCUACCAUUGCUAUUAUUUAUAGAUAUUCUCAAAAAUGAUUCUAAUCUAUAUAUCUCUUUCUUUUUUCAAAAAAAAAAAAAUAAUAUAAAAAAAACAUUUCACUACAAUAUUAAAGCACAAAAAAGGGUUUAUAUAAUCAUUAAUAUCUUGUUUUUAUAUUUCACUUAUAUUCUAGUUAUUGACUAUUUUUU